UAUGGUUCAUAAAAGGCCCCCUAUUGUCUCCUCUUCAUCUUAGGCCGCUACCAUUCUGCUUUAAUCACAGCAACCAUCGGUUUGAUUGUAAGCAAAACAAAAGGGAAACCAGCUCUCAAAUCAAGUAAGUUUUUCAAAUUAAUUUGUGCCAUUAUUAUCUAACAUUAAUAUUUGUAAUUCACAGCAUGCCCUUCAAGAUUGUUCAAACAUUCGAAGACGGUGAGCAGUGCCUCAGUGUUGUCCCUUCGGGCUGGGAGAAAGAGAAUAAAUUAUGGUGGCCAAAGGCAACAAGUGCUGCUAAAUUGCUGCGUGAUGAACAUUCGCGUCCCACGUCCAAAUGGCAACGGAUGGAGUGCACCAAGAAGCGAGAAUACCGCACCAGGCUGGAGGCAGAAGCAGAACUUGAAAAGAUGGAACCGCUUUCCGAUACCGAGGCAGAAGAGAGGAUUAUGGUUCCUGCCAAAAAGACACGCAAAAACGGUGUCUCAAAUUCGAGCGUAACAAAACAUGUGCCGAAAAACUUCAACGACUUCCUCACGCCUGCUAAUCCUAAUGUCCCGCUUGAAAUCCAAACGGAUUACCUUCAACCAGUGCAAGACGAAGUUCAAGACUCUUCGGUUACUUUGCAGCUGUCCGAUGGAGCCAUGCAGAAUUUUGUAUACGUACCGCAAAUUGAACAAGAUCCUGGAGAAAAUACAAGUGGAGGCAGAGUUUUGAUUCAGUCGAUCGACAACAACAUCAGCUAUCAGUCAGUAUCAUUGGAGGACGUUGUAUCGAACCAAACAUUGAUUAUUGGUAAUCAGGCAAAAAUAAUCAACAGCCUCGCUCAAUUGAAAGCCAGCAUGGAUUACAUCAAUGAUAGGGUCCUGCAAAUCGAAUCAGGCUCUCUUGGAAACGCCACAGGAGUCCAUUCAGAUGUAUUGUUGAAACCUAUUGAAUCACUGGAAAUGCUGAAUGAAUUGGAGAAGAGUUUGAAUGAUGACACCGUCAUGGUCAAAUACGUCAAGACCAUGAGCCACAUUUGUGGUAAAACCGGAAAAGAGGAUGGCCUUGACUGCUGUUAUCGAUUAAUUGAUCAUUUUAUGACUCGACAGUUUCUAACGACCUGUUCAUUGACAGGGAUCUCGAGAGACAAUGCUGCUGCUGAAGAGUCAAAUGGAGAGUCUGAGCCGCAGAUUAAAGUUCCGUUUAUGAUGUACAAGAAAAUUCGACAGCUGUUUUUGAAGCUGGUCCUGCAGGCAGAUAACGACUUCACAGCUAUCAAAUGUGAAGAGUUUUUUAAACGGGUACUGAAAAACAGCAAGCAAAGAUUGCUAGCUAAAACAGUAUCCAAGCAUAAGAAUCGUCCGAAAAAUUUAGUGUAUAAUGCCCGUCAACAGCAAGCUGAACAGAAUCCUCAAUAAUAGGGUAAAUACACCAGUUAUGGUUAUACGUUCCUAUUAAGGGUUUGUUCCAGUUAUAGCCU